AUGUGCCUUGUCUCCCCUCGGCUUUUCACUCACUCCCGUUUCUCUCUCGAUCCUCCACCCUCCGUUCCACAUGCUGCUACUUAUCUGAUCGGCGCUUCUCAUCUCAUCGCCGCCGUGAUUGUCUCGCCGUGCAGCCGCUUGCACUACAACUACUUGUGGGGAGAAAUUCCCUCGUUUCUCGUGGGCCUCCCGAAACUCACCAAUCUCGUGGCUUACUACAACUACUUCAUUGGCACCGUGCCCGCGCUCGGCCCGUGGCUGCUCUCUCUCGACGUGCGAGGCAACAUCCUCACGGACCUGCCCACAGCGAGCUACACGUGGUGCGGCUGUGCCGGGAACUGCAUGGCAGCAGUGACAGCGGCCGCCAAGUGCAUCAGCGGCGGCUCGGGUCAGCGGCCUGCGGCUGAUUGUGCCCCCUGCGGCACCACCAACGCCGUGGGGCCCUUCUGCACGGCUGGCGGAGUGUGCACGGUGGACGCGAGUGCACGCAUUAGUGCCGGCACUGUGAACUUGCCGGCGCAGCCCGCACUGCCCAUGACGUGCUCGCUCCUCAUGGAUUGGAUUGUGCGUGCUCCUCACCGGUCUCCUCUCCAUGCUCCUCACCUCGUGCUCCUCACCCCGUGCUCCUCACCCCGUGCUCCUCACCCCGUGCUCCUCACCCCGUGCUCCUCACCCCGUGCUCCUCACCCCGUGCUCCUCACCCCGUGCUCCUCACCCCGUGCUCCUCACCCCGUGCUCCUCACCCCGUGCUCCUCACCCCGUGCUCCUCACCCUGUGCUCCUCACCCCGUGCUCCUCACCCCGUGCUCCUCACCCCGUGCUCCUCACCCCGUGCUCCUCACCCCGUGCCCCUCACCCCGUGCCCCUCACCCCGUGCCCCUCACCCCGUGCUCCUCACCCCGUGCUCCUCACCGUGCUCCUCACCCCGUGCCCCUCACCCGUGCUCCUCACCGUGCUCCUCACCCCGUGCCCCUCACCCCAUGCCCCUCACCCCGUGCUCCUCACCCUGUGCUCCUCACCCCGUGCUCCUCACCGUGCUCCUCACCGUACUCCUCACCGUACUCCUCACCGUGCUCUUCCGCUUCAUCCCUCCACUGUCCCCAACACCACACUGCGUGCCGCUCCUCACUCCUCUUAG